AUGUAUGGCAUAAAGAUGUCCUGGUUAAGAAAUAAUUUGUUAUAUGUGAUUAUUUUCAUUAGAUGCGCGGUGAGUGGCAUCGUUGUCGACCUUAUGACAGACCGUUUACCUGAUGGAGUUGAGACCUUUCACGGAGCCCUCUCGAACGGCGGUAUAUACAGAUUUAUACGUGGUAUAGAGGAGCUAAUAACGGACAUAAAAUAUGGUAAAACGGAGAUUGAAUAUUUGGUGGGCUAUACUGGGGAAUUGGUCUACUCGCAUAUGGAAGAUUUUCGUGUAGGUCAUGAACGGUACGUAAAGUACUCCUUUGGUUCAACACUAGGGAAUCGUGUGGUCUUCCGUAGUCGAACUGUUCAAUGUAGUGAGAAUGGGCCAGUUCCGAAAAAGGUGUCAGAUUUGAUCAAUUUCUUACGUGGCCCAAUUUUGUUAUCACUUCAUACGACACCAGGAAUACCACUACAUCCAUUGGUAGAUUUGAAGAAAAGUAAACACAAUAUUCGCGGAUACACAUAUAAGGUGUUGAGUUUCAUCAGAUUGCAGUCGGAAGGAAAAUGGAGAAUAGAACGAAUGAAAUAUCAAUUUGGCGAGAUUGGCAUAUCAGAAAUUAAGCAUUUUCCUCUGGGAUAUACUGCUAUAUUUCGUAGAGAAUGCGCUCAAUAUUACAUUUUUAUGCUGGACGAUUAUUAUUAUAUACAUUUGGAUGACGACUUAGAAAUUAUGGUAGACAUAUCACAUAUGAGCAAAGUGAACGGUAAAAAGGCCGAUGUGUCGUGGAUCCCCAGUGGUGAUGUGUUGUGUAACUGGACACCAAGCGGAUGCGUGGGUUCUGAAUCGGUAUUGCGGACGUUGUUGCUAUCAGACAUCACGAGAGACGGAAACGAGAUGACACCAAGCUCAGCACAUGCGUCCACGCGUCAUAUAUACAUAUUAGUGCCAACGCAAUUGAAGCACAUGCCGAUGUUUCAACAAUAUGCGACAUACGAUGCGUCGAGAAACACCGUGACCUACGACGUGGAUUUCUUGAUUAGUCGUGUUGAGUCACAAAGUCGCGGUAGAUUGCGAACCACGAUUCAUAUGACCCCACGCCCUGCCGUUGUUCGCUCAGAGAGUUCGUCUAUCGUAUUGUGCGCUGUGACCGAGGAUGCUCUCAACUAUUCGAGAGCUCAAACACCACCCACCGAGCCUCCGAUAAAUCAUGCUGAUGACGCAAAUGACUCCUUUCAUUUAGAAAACCUUAUCGCACGCAUGAUACCGCCAGGGCUCGACCCCAUAGCUGAUCUACUAGAUGCAUCGGAUAUUCUUGUCGACGAUGGAGAUAGUGAUAUCUCCCUCUCCGAAUUACAGCCGACAAUUGUCGAACUAAUACCUCCCACACUAGACCCUGAAGCAUCAACAGUAGCGGAUGGCAUUCCAGAUAUGGAUUAUAGCGCGUUCGGAGAUUCAAGCGUUGAAGGUGACGCAUCAGAGGCGCCCAUAUUCUCUACGGAAAUGAACGAGGGAUUGUACUCGCCAGGCACGAUAUACGACGAAACCUAUCCAGACGACGAGACCUACGCGGAGGACGCAACCAUGGAGGAGAACGGAAGCGGGAGUGGGCAACAAUUAGACCUGUCCGAUAUUCUCAUUUAUGAUGACGAGGAUGAUGUGUCGUCAGGCGAGUUCCGGUCGUUGAUUAGCGACCUCACCCCUACGUUUGACCAACUUGCACUGCCGGUUGACCAUACGUUUGCGGAAAUGGAGGGUAACGCAGGCGGAGGCAACCACGGGCAGACGCACCGCUUCGCCGAGCAAAAGCGCAACGAGAUGGAACCUAGCGUCGCACCUGUGGCUAGCACUAGCAUCAGAGGCAGUGCAGCAUUGCCGCGUACUGUUUGCGCCUUGAUGAGCAGGCCCUUUCCCGGGAGUGCUUGCGGUAUCGCCUGCACUGUAUGUCGGAGAUACCGCCUCGCCGGAGCCUUCCUCAAUCACCACCGUGUCGAUUUAAGCGUAACACACAGUUGCGUAUGGACGCCGCAUUUGCGCCGCGUCGGUUGUUGGAAGUGGGUCGCCGGGCCGCAGCGGUACCGAGCCAUGAGCGACACUCGACGUCCGCAGAGCCCACCAGAAACACACCCAACGGAACCAGACAACAGUCGACUUUUUAAUGCUUCUAAUGUUCGUGCUAUGAGUGACGAUAGGUGUUAUGUGAACGAUGAGGGUGACUCCUCCAAGGAAGCCCCUGCGACCGAUGACAAGGAUGCUUCUAGCGCCACCUUAUGUGAUGAAGACACGCUCGAAUCCGGUGGCGAACGUUAUCUAUUUGGCAGACAUUCUCCUAGCUUCCUAAAAGAGCGUGGUAAUAACGCUUUUAAAGACGGAGACUAUCUUGCGGCACGCGAGCUGUAUACGGAUGCCAUUCUGAGACUUGAGCAUUCCGACAAUGACGCUCUGGGAGCACAGUUGUACUGCAACAGAGCCGCAUGUCAUAUCGCAAUGGAGGACUUCGACUCCGCUGUGGCAGACGCCACAGAAGCCGUAAUGCUGGACCGCUCUUACGUGAAGGCAUACCUAAGGCGCGGCUCGGCGUACGAGAAAAUGGGCAUGCAGCAGAAAGCCCUUGCUGACCUGAACAAAGCCGUGGAACUUGAUGGCACAAUAGAGCCGCAAUACCGCGACAAGAUCUGCAAAUUAAAAGUGGGAGCUGAAAAGGAGUUUGCCAAGGAGAAGGAUGAAAUGAUGGGAAAACUGAAAGACCUAGGGAACACCCUUCUGGGUAAGAUCGGCCUUUCUCUGGACAAUUUCAAAGUAAACAAGGACGAGAACACCGGGUCAUACAACAUCCAAUUCCAAAACUGA